AUGGGCGGAGCAGGGAAAACAGCUUUAGUAACUCACGUGCAUAACAAACUUUUAGAAGAAGCUGGUGAUGACUUCGAGCAUAUUAUUUGGGUUACCGUGUCACAGUCUAAUGACAGCAUUUCUAAGUUGCAAAAGGCCAUUGCAAGAUCAAUUAAUUUAGACAUAUAUGAUGAGUGUGAUGUCAAAAGGAUAUCAGGAAAAUUAUUACAUGCAUUCAAACACAUAAUUAGAUGUGUCCUUAUUUUAGAUGAUGUUUGGAAUCCAAUAUAUUUAGAAGAGGUUGGAUUUCCAGUUUCAAAUAAUGGGAUUAAAUUGAUUUUGACAACUCGAUCAUGGGAAGUGUGCCAAAGUAUGAGUUGCAUGAAGAACAUAAUAGAAGUAGAACCUCUAGGUAAAGAAGAUGGUUUUGAUUUGUUUAAAAAGACUCUUGGAGUCCAUCAAAUACGACCGACUGGGGUGGAGCUUAAAGCAAGGGCGGUGGCAGAACAAUGUGAGGGUUUGCCCCUUGCAAUUGUUAUGAUAGCAAGAAGCAUGAAGGGAAAAGAGCACAUAAGAGAAUGGGAUCAUUUGUUGGAAUGCCUUCAAAACAUGGGUGACGGGCAAUAUCAUAUGGAUGAGAGGGUAUUUCAGGUAUUGAAAUCUAGUUAUUCUUUCUUAAACGAUAAAUUGCAAAGGUUUUUUUUGUACUUUGCAUUGAGUGCUAAGGGGACUGUAUUGGAUAGUUUUAUUAAGCCUUUUAUGAAAAGAUUUUUCUAUGGGGAAUGGAUAGAUGGGGCAAAGAGCUUUGAGAUGCGAUAUAAUGAAUGUUACACCAUGUGCCAUAAAUUAAAAAAUAGCAGCUUGUUGGUGAAAAAGUAUGGGACAUGGAGAGUGCACACUUUGCUUCAGGUCAUGGCUAUUAAUCUUGCAAAGAAGACUGAACAAAUCAUGACAAAACAUGGCAUGAAUUUAAUAGGAUUGUCAGAGAAUGGAAAAUGGAAUGAAAAUUUGCGUUCUGUUUUUCUAAGUAAAAGUGAUGUACCAGAUAUUUUAGAUGACACAUCUCCCAAGUGCUCUAAACUUUCUGCAUUGAUUUUAAAUUCUAAUUCUUAUCUCAAAUGGAUUCCAGAUGAUUUUUUCAUUAACAUGCCUGCUCUUAAAAUACUUGAUUUGUCUCGGACUAGCAUUGAGCAUUUGCCCAAAUCUAUAUCUAACUUGGAAUGUCUCAUUGCAUUAUUACUCUCACGAUGUAGAAAAUUGAAUUACAUCCCUUCAUUAGCAAAACUGCAGCGUUUAAUAGAGUUGGACCUUUCAUAUACUGCCAUCAUUGAAGCACCUUGUGACCUGGAGUUGUUGGUCAAUCUUAGAUUGUUGAAUCUACAAGGUACAAAUCAAUUGAAAAUGUCAUCAUCAGUAAUAUCCAAAAUGAGCAAUCUACAAAUUCUGUUGAUGAACUGCAUCCCAGCAUUGAUGGAUGUGGGCAGACAAGAUCUACAAGGUUUGAGAAAGUUGGAAGUUAUAUCAGUCAAUUUUUGUGAUAUUGAAGAGUUUAAUACCUUUGUUAAAAGCUUCCUAGACGAAGAUCAUGGACUCAAAGGUUAUUAUCUAAGUUUAGCCUCAUUACAUUAUGCCGCUUUCUCAAUUGAAAGAGUCUACCACUUAAAAGGGGUUGUUUUAUCUGGUAUUGAUUGGGCAAAUAGAGUAGCGGUACUUCCAGGAGACGUCAAAAGGUUGAUUAUAAGCAAGUGUAAUGAUUUGACAAGGAGAACUACUUGCCUAUGCCAUGCUCUGUCAAUUCAUAAUAAUAAUAAUUUACCAAAAAUUGAAUGGAUGGAAAUAAGGGAAUGCGAUCGGCUGGAGUACUUGUUCUGUGUGUCUCCCAAUUGCUCAUUUUGCACCUCUGUCAUAUUAAGUCAAUCGCUGCACCUUACUGCGCUGAAAGACUUGAAACAAAUAGUGGCACAACCUCCUCUAUCAUUGGAUAGCCCGUUCCUCUAUCUCAGAGAACUCGAUAUUUUUGGAUGUAGCAGCAUGAAGAUUCUGAUGACACCAGAAUUAUUAGCACAGCUCCAAAACCUAGAGACUGUUUCUGUUGUAAGUUGUGGGUCGAUGGAAGAAAUAGUUGGAGAGAAUUAUUGUAGCGGUAACACUUCUAACCCUACGAUCACUCUUUCCAAUGUGAGAUCUUUGAAACUGAAUUUUCUAUCACAAUUGACUUUUGUAUUCAGAGGAAUCAUGCUCUGUCCUUCUCUCCAUUAUUUUGAGGCCUCCUAUUGUGAGAAACUAAGUCCUCCUCAUAUAGAGAUCAAAGAAGGAUGUAAGCUUCAAAUGCAGAAGGCAUGGAUGGGACAGGAAAUCUAUUGGAAAUACAAUAGUCAGGUGCAAAUCUCCUCCAAAAUUUGA